CUCCUCUCUGUCACGCUUUCGUUUCCAGUCUGGAUAACGGAGGCGGACGAGCUUGGAGUUGUUAUUAGUUUGCAUUAUUAUUCAUUCCUCGUGUUUGGGAGACCCGCCACCGGGCAUGGAGGACGUAAAAGACCCGCCGACCGUCCACCGGUCCUCCUCCUUCAGCAUCAAGAGCCUCCUGCUGCCAACCAAGUGCGACAGAGCGGACUCCGUUGCUGUUGCUGCCGCCGCCGCGGUCACCGGAAUCCCCGGGACCCUCCCUCUCUCUCCGGGCUCCGACUCUGAAAAGUCGCUGGAACCACCGGAGGUGGACUCCACGGCCGCGGCUCUGGACCUGGAGAAACCGGGGAAGGAGGAACGGGGGGAGGAGGAGAACGAGGACGUGGGGGGAGACGGAGGACAGGUCGGAGCCAAGGCAACACCGGGGCAAAAUACUGACGGGAAAAACGGAAAACAUGACAAGCCUCCGUUCAGCUACAACGCCCUGAUCAUGAUGGCCAUCCGGCAGAGCCCCGAGAAGAGGCUCACGCUGAACGGCAUCUAUGAGUUCAUCAUGAAGAACUUCCCGUAUUACCGGGAGCACAAACAGGGCUGGCAGAACUCCAUCCGGCACAACCUGAGCCUCAAUAAGUGCUUCGUUAAGGUGCCCAGGCACUACGACGACCCGGGGAAGGGCAACUACUGGAUGCUAGACCCGAGCAGCGAUGACGUCUUCAUCGGAGGGACUACCGGGAAGCUCCGCAGGCGCUCGGCCACCUCCCGGGGAAAACUGGCGAUGAAGCGCGGGCUGCGCUUCGCACCGCUCGGCUUGGGGAUUAACGAGCGGGCGAACAACCCGCUCUACUGGCAGAUUUCUCCGUUUCUCUCCCUGCACCAUCACCACCACCAUCACCCACACUACAACGGAUCCUCACCCGGGUUUCUGAACCAGGCGGCCAGCUACGGGUCGCUGCUGCCCGCCGUGGAGCAGCUCAGCAACGGGGACCUUGGGCGCACCAUUCUCGGCGGGUCGGCCGCCGGGACGCUGGGCUUGACGAACGGUUACGGGAUGAGCACAUCGCCGGUCGGACUGCUGUCUGGGUAUUUUGUGUCAGGGAACCAACACGCUGCUGCCGCGGCACCGGGAGGGCGGCCCCCUCCUCCAACGCCUCCACAUCUCCAGCAGAACGCACAGGGGUUCGGCGGCCUGGCGACCAGCAGCUCCGCGCAGGCCCUGCUCUCAGACUCCCUCAGAAACAGCUCCCUACCCGCCUUCUCCCCUGGCGUGUCUGCGGGGUUUCCUGGGAUGCUGUCCCAUCAAAAGAGGGUAACCCCAAAUGCUUUCCUAAACUGACCCCCCCCCUCCCCCGUCACCUAUCCGUGGAUGGCACCGGGGCGAGGACGCACAAAAGAUGGCGUGCUAAGGGCAAACAAUAGACGGCAACUAUAAAACACUGAUUACAAAAAUGGAUAUGAAGUGAAACCUUCUGGCCACGUUCCGCCCCGAAGUGCAGCGGGUUGGUUUCGGUUCUUUUUAGGCAUUUUAUUGAAAAGGGACAAACUUGUUACCGCGGGUUGUACAGCUGUAGACUUGCCAAAGGUAACGCGCUAAGUAUAUUUCAAGCUAUUUAUAUCGUGUACAAAGAUUUUCAGUACUUCAUUGAGUCUUUUAUUUAUGUUUUGUAUUUAUUGUAUAAUGUAUUUAAAUUCUAUUUGCCAGUGUACAUUCGUUCAGUGUCGAGGGGAUGAAGUGAGACCUACAGGGUAAAUCAUUAUUUAUGCAUUUUGAGACAAUCAAUCUCUUUCGGGAGGAAAAACCUUUGGAUAAAUACUUAACGAAUAAAUAAAGCCUUAAAAUCAGCAGAAACAAUCAGGGUUUUGAGAGGAAAGGCCUAAAAGUCAUAUCUGUACUCAGGUUGGACCCAGGACAGGCCCGAUGUUAAUAUGAACAACUGUUCUCUGAACAAACAAGUAAAUAAACCGAUGUUAUUGUUUUGGCAGAACGACUCUUCAUACUAAAUUAUGCAAAAACGGCGCAGCUGUAACAGGUUUUCUGUUCCUCAUCAGAGCCCAGACUGUCACUGUGUGCGUGUGUGUAGGCCUCAAUGAGCGGAAACCUCCUGCGCAUGCGCGCUAAGGGCCACGUACAAACAUCCUAAUGUUAAAAAUAACAUAUCUUUUGCCGCCUCCACCUCGUCUACCCGGAAACCUGCUCCGGGUUUAAAGUGUCCGGAGGAGGCUGAGAGCAGGAGGCCUCUGCAUCAUCUACUCUGAGCGCGCACACGCACUAUAUGCAGAUCCCAGUUUUGCUUUGCCAAAAAAACAAAAACAGGCUGUUGAAGCCUGAAGCUUCAGUCUUGACCAUACAAACGUAGUUUUAUAAAGUGAACUUUGCCAGAGCUUUCAGCCGCAUGUCACGGUCUUCCUCCACAGAUGGCAACGCUGAGACUUUUAGUUUUUAAUGGUCAGUGGGGCUUUUUCAGCCAAAUGAUCCAAAUGAAAGCGUUUAAUCCUUCAGUUUGCACUAAAAUCAUGACAAUCGGAGAUACGAGGCCUUCAGCCAACUGCAGGGACAAAUGUGGAACAAAUGUUUUCAUUUAGAUUUUUGGUGAGGGGAGUAAAACCUGUGCAGAAUCAUGUGACCUCAACAGGAGGCGGCCAUUUACAGCGUGACACCGAGGUUUUAGUAAAAUGACAAAAUGUUCCAAACAUAUUUUAGUUUAAUGACAUUUCUUUAAUUAGAAAUGGUCACAUUUGGACUGUAUUUCAACACGUGGCAGGUUCCAUUAGUCGCAGCCUUUUACAGCAUUAAGGCCAAAUAUUUCGGUUGUUUUUAACGUGCGUGGCUGAACGCACUGACUUUACACUGAGUUUAAGUUGGAAGCUGCUUAUAUCAAUCAGAUUUUUCUCAGAUUCUAAAAACUAUGCCUCAGUCAAUAAUUCCCUUGAAAUGUGUGUUUGCUAAAAUGCACCAGUUUAAUUCCAUAAAUCAUAUGAAACAAACCAGCAGUUUGUUUUAUUCACAUCUCUGGUUUAGUGCUAAAUAAAAAAACAACUAUUGGAAGAAGAAACCUUUCUGUGCACGUACAACGUUUUAAUCUACAUUAUAACGUCAUGAAAAGCAGAUCUACGUGCACUGACCUCAGCAAAGCACCAAGGGACCCUCACAUCAGCAGGAGCCUCGAGGCCGCAGCAGAAAAACAGGAAACGUGUGA